CUCCUCCUCCUCCUCCUCCUCCUUGGCCGUGCUCAGCAGUCUUCUGGCUCCGGCGGGGCCGCGCGCUCUCCCGCUGUGCCGUCCUCGGCUCCUGCUGGCGCCUGCUGCUCAUACCCCUCGCAUGCAUGGUAAAACAUCAUCACUGUUGACCGUUUUUGAUGUCUGUCUGUCUACGUUUCAUGUUUCGCCCAAGAUCCGCCUGCAGGGGGACACGCCAGGCUUAAGCCGAGCGCGAUCACGCUCAGCGGGCUGCUGGACGCCUACGCGCGCGAGGCCCUCUGGCAAGAGGCGCUGGGGGCGCUGGCCGACGCGCUGGGCGGCGAGGCCCUCUGCGACCUGAUCCUCUGCAACACCGCCGUGGCCGCCUGCGGGCGCGCGGCGCGCUGGCGGGAGGCGCUGGGGCUCCUGGAGGCCAUGCCUGGCUGGCGCUACCGCCCCGACGCCAGCGCUCGGCGGCGCCGGGAUCACGUGCAACACGGCGCUGGGCGCGUGCUCGCGGGCGGCGGAGUGGUCGGCGGCGGUGCUCCUGCUGCGGGACAUGCCCCGCCGGCGGCUCCGCGCGGACGCGGUCAGCUUCAGCACCUGCAUCACGGCCGGGCACAAGGCGGGCAGGUGGGACCUCGCGGCGGGCCUGCUGGCGGACAUGCGCGGCCGGAGGGUCGCUCCCAACAUCAUCACGUUCAACGCGUCCGUGACCGCGCUGACGGCGGGUCAGCAGUGGGAGUCGGCGGUGUCGCUGCUCGGCGAUAUGCAAGAGGUGCGGCUGCAGCCGGACCUGUGCCCGUACCGUGCCUCCGUGGAUGCCCUGUUCCAUGCCGGCAGGCGCGUCGAGGCGGCGCGCCUCUACCGCAGGGCGCUGCAGCCGGGGAUCGCCGCCUACCGCCCCGCGGUGCUCUGGGCCUGGCACCCGUGGCGCAGUCGGAGCGCGAGCUCCAGUUCAGGCGGGCGGCCUUCCUCGAGAGGAGUGGGAGGAGGAAGCGGAGGAAGCGAGCGGAGACAAUGCUUCGAAGGCGCGAGCUGCCGCGCUCGACCAACCGCGCAGGUUUUUCUGGCGGCUCCAGUCCGGGCUGCCCCUGACGCCCCAGAGAGGGAAUUCGCGUGGAGGAUUUCAUUGAGCGUGUUGGAUCUUGCACCCAGCUUCGCACAUCCAGGCGUACCGCUUUGUUUUUUUGCAGCUCGCCUGCCGUUUUUGAGGCCGCGAGGCGCACAGGGAGCGAGUCUAAUCCCCGCAGUGGCGGUCGGAGGAGGGCAGGAGGAGCGGGGGAGGAGGGUCGGAGGAGCGUCAUUCGAGACAACGGCAGGGCUGUCAGCAGCACCCACAGAAGGGAUGCGUGCUCGCCCAGAGAAGGGAUACUGUCGGAUUGCUCUCGCCGCCCCAGAGAGUGAAAUCGUGUCGAGGGUUUCAUGCCAUUGAACGGAUGGGAUCGAACACCAAGCUCCGCACAUUCAUUUGGGGCACUUCAUAUAUGUUGCCAGCUGUUGUUUGGGAUACUGCGAGGCACGCACUCCGAGCGAUUCCGGUCCCCAGUGUGGCGGUCAACGGAAGACAGGAAGAGGCAGUGAG